AUGGCUAACCCCGUGGACUGGUCUUCAGGCUGUAUCUUACCUGUGGUGGUGGCUGUGUCUGUGGUGGCAGUGACGGUGCUGUACUUCCUACUACGAGGCUCUGCAAGAGAAGAGAAAAAGCUACCUGUCACUCUGCAGGAUUCAACGGUCAAAUAUCCUCUCCAGCUUAUAGAAAAACAGGAAAUCAGCCAUGACACAAAGAAAUUUCGGUUUGGCCUUCCCUCUGCAGCUCAUAUCCUUGGACUGCCAGUAGGUCAGCAUGUGUACCUGUCAGCUAAGGUGAAUGGCAGUCUGGUGGUGAGAGCCUACACUCCAGUCUCCAGUGAUGCAGAUCAGGGACAUGUCGACCUUGUGGUGAAGGUGUACUAUAAGAACACUCAUCCAUCCUUUCCAGAUGGAGGGAAACUGUCUCAAUACCUGGACAACAUGGCUGUUGGAGACACCAUUGACUUCAGAGGACCCAAUGGACUGCUGGUCUACAAGGGGAACGGUCAGUUUUCCAUCCGACCCGAUAAGAAGUCAGAGCCGACGGUUCGGAAGUUUAAGCACGUUGGCAUGAUCGCUGGUGGAACAGGUGUAACUCCCAUGCUGCAGUUAAUUCGCAGGAUCACAGAAGACCCCAACGACAACACCAAAUGCUCUCUCAUAUUUGCCAAUCAGACUGAGAAAGAUAUCCUACUGAGGGAAGAGCUGGAGGAGGCCAAGAAGAAUCAUCCUGACAAAGUGAAUGUCUGGUUCACACUGGACAAACCUCCACAGGAUUGGCGCUACAGUUCAGGGUUUGUGAACGCUGACAUGAUCAAAGACCACCUCCCGGCUCCAUCCAGCGAUGUCCUGCUCGUCCUGUGUGGUCCUCCUCCGAUGAUCCAGUACGCCUGUCUGCCAAAUCUAGACAAGCUUGGACACAAAACAGAAAACAUCUUUGCAUACUAAUUUUGUAUUUUACCACAAAGCUGGUUUAUUCUCUGUAAUCAUCCAGUCACAAAACACAAACCACUGUGUGAACACUGUUGACGGUCUAACACUAUCCAAAAAUCACAGGGGUAUUAUGUAUGCCAAAUGCUGAUCAGAUUCUUCUCUACUCAGGCUCUAUUCUUGUCAUUUAAGCAUGUUAUUUUUGAUGUCACUGACACAAUGACACAUGGUGACUACAUGUACCAUAAAUUGUGUAUGUAUCAAAAUGACUCAGCAACAUAAAGCUUUCUAUAAACUCAGGUGUACCACAAA